AUGGAAGAUUUGCCCCUGCCCAUGGAAAAACCCGAGACUGCCCCUGCCUCCACCCCAUUCACCACUCACGGGUCACGGAUAAGAGACGACGGCGGCGACUACAUCACGGGGCGCUCUGCUCCAUGUCCGCCGACGGCAUGUUUGCUCCAUGGCUGACCUCCUACCCAUCCUCUGCUGCCUCCCGAUUGACGGGUACAUGACACGGGAGAGAAGCUCGCUCCCCAUCUCCCUCACCCGCCCCCGUGCGGCCGUUCCCCGGCCACCAGCUUCUCGUCGCCGUCAACGCCGCCGACUUCCUAACCUUCCGACUUACCACCCCCCCCCCCCCCCCCCCCCCCCCCCCCGCAUCCGAGCUGCGGGCUACCCGGUGCCGGAGCCCACCUUUCCCGUCCUUCGCGCGCCUCCGACAAGGGGAGGCUUCUCAUGCUCCCUGCACAAGCCCGGAGCGGCACCUAGGGCCCUCCCCGUGACGAGACCGGCAUGGCGCGGUGGUUAGCAACGCACUAGAGGCGGGCCGAGUUAGCAAGUUCGAUCCCCGCGGGGCGACCUUGUCGGGAGCGACCUUCAGGCGAGCCACUGGGACGGAUGCCUGGAGCGGCGCCUCACUCCUGGGCCCUCCCCGUGGUGCAUCUGCCCGGCAUCUGGUACUCCGGCGGUGCGGACGACGCCUGGAGGAGAGCAGUCGGCCAUCAGAGAGGACGGCGGCGGCGGCGGCGAAUGGGUUCAUCCCUUUUGAUUUGACUUCAAAUCAGUUGGGUGCACCGAUCAAUCUAGCACAAAGGGUAUUUUAGUCCACUGUUUUAUGCAUAUAUUAUAUUAAUCAUUUGCAAGUAUUGUUUUUGUGUGAAAAAUGGCAAAAAAUCAAAGUGCAAAGUAAAGGGUGGCAACAAAACAAUUACAAUGUAAGCAGUGGUAAAUUAUCAAAGUGCAAAGUAAGUGAUGGCUAAAAAUCAAAAAACCCCAUCCCCAGCCUCCUUCUGCUCAGCCAUGGCGGAGGAGACCGCGGCUGCUCCGCUGCGCCUCCUGUCCGUAGCUACCGCCGCCGCGACCACUGGCGCCAUGUAUCUUCCUCGUCGCCCCUCUGCUCGUUCGGAGCUUCUGGUCGCCGACGGCAGUCGUCCUCCACGCGCAGCGCCUAGCUAGGCCGACCGCGAGCACACAGUUCAAGCGCCUCACAGAUGCGCCGCGGACUCCACCGGAGAGCCAGGGCGUCGUUGCCCGCAGACAGCUCCGCCAUGCCCGCCGCUCUGCUAUGCGGUCUCGUACUCUCAUUGCAGGGGUGUUCGCUUUCUUCAGAGUUGGGAGGUACCAAGCCGCCACUUUGCAGUGUCAUACUCAAUAUGUGCAAUUAGGCUCCUGUGCUCUUACUUUGAUUGACUGUCAUUACUGAUUUUAUGUAUCUUCAGCUAUUGUGUUGCAGGAUCAAGCUCGCAACAAUGGCUGGAGGGGCGUUAGGCUUCUGGAAUGACUGGGCGUCCCAGAUCUCGGUUCUCUUGAGCCUCUUCUUCCAGGUGUUACUCCAUAUAUUUGCUAACAUCCGUCGGCGUAAAGACGGCUCAUCUUGGCUGAGGGUCCCCCUCUGGGUGGCGUACCAGCUGUCUGACUCCACUGCGACAUACGCCGCCGGCCAGCUCCUCUUCAGCGGCGCAACAAAAGACCACCACCUCAUUGCCUUCUGGGUGCCGUUCCUCCUGUUGCACCUCGGCGGCCCGGAUAACAUCACCGCCUACGCCCUCGAGGAUAGCAAGCUCUGGGGGCGCCACUUGCUAAGCCUUGUGGUGCAGGUCCUGGCAGCUGCAAUUGUCCUAUACAGGCAUAUCGUCGGCGGCGGGACCUUGCUCAUGGUGGCUGCCAUCUUGAUAUCUGUUGUUGGUGUUGCAAAGUAUGCGGAGAGGACAUGGGCGCUCCGGUCCGCCAAGUUCAGCAACCUCCAGAGCUCUCUCAAGUUACGGACACAUGACAUGCAUCACCAGCAAUUUUAUACUGAGCAUCAAGACUGGUACAACGAUGGCGACCCAGUCCUGCAGCAUGCUCACUCCCUGUUUCAUAUCUGCAAGCGUGGGAUAGUUGAUUGCGUGAUCGCAGUGGAUGAAUCAGAUAGCGAGAAUGAGGUGGAUUCUCAGGACAUCAAAAUAAUCCACGGCCUUUUGAAAGACCGUGAACAAAUGUGGAGGGUGAUGGAGAUGGAGCUCUCCCUCAUGUAUGAUAUCCUGUACACUAAGGCAAGUGCGGUCCACUGUUGGUUUGGCUACUGCAUCCGUGUCAUCACACCGCUUGCCAUUGUCACCUCUCUCGUGUUGUUCCAGUUAAGCAGCAAAGAUGAUUACAGCCUAGUCGAUGUUGUCAUCACGUACAUCUUGUUGGGUGGCGCCUUGGUCCUGGAGACGAAAUCGCUCCUUGUCGCACUAGGGUCAAGCUGGGCGUUUGCCUUCUUGUGUGCCACACAAUGGGAUUGGCUCCGGCAUUCUGCUCUGUGUGCUGGAAGAUGGCAUCGUCUUCGGCACACACUUUUUUUUCUCCGCUGGUCCUGGCCAGGCAAGAUGACGAUCAUGACAGGAAGCUCGAGGAGGUGGUCAGGCACCAUGGGGCAGCGCAACAUGGUGCGGUCUUGUACCAGACAGGUGGAUCCGAUGAAUCGAUCCCUCGGCAAGCUGUGCAAGAUGCUAAGCCUCGGCGAGUGGUGGACCAUCGAUGUGUCCGAGAAGGUCAAGAAGCAUGCAGAAAAGUGGAUACUGUCAAGACAGUCAGUAGGUGAUAUGAACACAAUGGGUUUACGCAGGACUAAAUGGGGUGAGCUGGCACUUAAUGAAGAGGACUACCCUGGGCUGUUGAAGGAUUUGGAGGGUUAUCAUGGAGUUGACUUCCAUGAGAGUGUCAUCAGCUGGCACAUUGCCACCGACUUGAUCCUUGCUGAAAUAGACCGAAGGGGCGAUCAUGUGUCUGAUGACCAAGUGGAGCUAGUCAGCGUACUGUCCAACUACAUGAUGUUCCUCCUCGUCGACUCCCCUGACAUGCUACCAGGCCUUCCCCAAAAGUGGUUGUACGAGCAGACCUGCAACCAACUGAAAAAGAUAUGCACUAAACACAUCGCUGGCUCACCUGGUAACAGCUUCUGGACCAUGCUCAAGAACAUGUUCCGACCACAACAUCACCGUGGCUGGAAACCUUCUGAGCUUGAGAAGGAGAUUGCCAUCGAUAUACUGAGCGAGUUUGAACGCUCCAACGUCAGCAAUCCUCGGCUCACUUAUGCGCGUGCUAUUGCUGUGAAACUGCUUCAUAGGAAGGAAGAUGUGGUUUAUGCGCUGCUAUUGUUGUGGGUAGACUUCCUUGCCUACGCAGCCAACCGGUGCAACAGGGAGGCGCAUGCGAGGAAGCUCGGCAGCGGCGGUGAGUUGCUGACCGUCAUCUGGCUUUAUCAAGAACACCUCCACCAAGUAAAAGAAGAGAUAAGAAAGGGGCAGAACCCUGUAUAAUUCACUGUACUAAUGGAUGUCCAGAAAUAUCUUCACCUUCUGUAUUUUGUAAACUUAUCUUUCUUCAGUUCA